UUGUCGAUGGUGGAAAGAAUUUAUUUUGUUAUUAUAAAUCUUUUAUUACAAUAUUGAACAAUUGUUAAAGGAAGAUAAGAAAAAUAUGUAAUUGCGGAAGUUCCCAUUUGCAAAUGUAUAAUAAAUAAAAGCAAUAUGUCAAGAGAUAUCGAUCAGGAAGUGUCGGAUACUUUGAGUACUCUUUUGAGUUUCGAUGAAGAUAAUUUUCUCAGUCAGGAGGAAGUCGAGGAGAAUUUGCGAAACUGUCCAAACAUUGAACAUGUUUCAUCUGUGGAAAAAAUAUAUCAGAAUUAUAAUGAUAAUCCAAGUACCAGUGUCAGAUUAAAUAAUAAUAAUGAUGAAGAAGUUGGUGUCACCAAUUAUGUGUGUGGAAAUAAAAAUGUGGAGAUACAAAGACCUCAAAAGCAGCUAGACGUCUUUAAAGGACUAAACGUUGAUAACUACUCAAUUUAUUCGCAUACCGAAGAUGUAACUGUUGUGAAUAAGGAAACUGCUUCGCAAACAUUAAAUGGGGAUUUCGCUGAGGAAGAAAUUACUUCUCUAUCAAAAUAUGCCAAUGAUUUACGUAUUGAAGCUUGUCAUGAGUCUAAGCAAAUUGGCGACGACAAAUUACAAGCGACCAGUGAUAUUGCUCCAAUAAAUGUAAUAAAAAGUUCCAUAAUAAAACCCAACGACAUCAAAAUGGAAUUUACAUGCGAAACCGAAAAGAUUUUAGAAGAACAAAUUGGUGAUUAUUAUAUAGAGGAGCAGUAUAAGGAUGACAUAAAUUUGAACUGUGCUGCACCAGAGGUAGAAAUAGGAAAUGUAUAUGAGAUUACUGAUAAAAAUAAUAUCAAUAGCAAUAAUCAACACAACGAUCUACUCAACAAUGCAAUCCUAAGGCAGGACUCACAUUACACUACCAAUGACGAAUUAAUUACAAAUGUUGAUACUGACAGCGACAUUUCACAUAUAAUGAACGACCAUAAUUACACUUCCCAAAGCCAAUUAACUAAUGGCGAUAGUUUGCGCAAACUUUUGUUCCAUCAUAUUAUUAGUAGAGAGGAUCGUUCCUCUACUGCCCUAAAUCUUGUCAAUGAUUUUGUAGACAGAACUUUAGAAAGUAUUAAUACAUUUAGUACCCAAGAAGAUAAAGAUAAUAAGAUUUCUAAGGUUGAUACAUUAAACUUAAUAGAGAUUUUCGGAGAAGAGAAAUCUUCAAAAAGUGCUAUAUUUGACGUGGACUUAAAAACUUUAGCGCAUAAAAAUUCUGCUGAGUCAGUGGUCACGGAUGAAACAAGUAAGAAAAAUACACAAUUUGAUGAUGAAAUAAAUUCAACUGAUUCAUCUAAAACAACAGCGAAUAGUAAUGAAAAUAUUACUAUGAAUAUAUCCUCUAUACCAUCGCUACAAGAAAUUUGUUCGGAACCCUUAGAACAUGCCUUACAAAGUGAUUGUUCAAAUAAAUCAAGUACUAUUACAGAUACUGAAUCAAAAAAUAAAACUUGUUUUGAUUACUUCCAUAAAAACAGUCACACAUACAACACAGCAAGUGAUAAAAGAAUGAAAAAUUCGGAACAAAAAAUAGAGCCUGAAUUAAAAAUUAUUUCAUUUGGACCGCUGUCAGAAAAGAAUUGUUCGAGAAUAUUGGAUAAUACAAAAAGCGAAAGCAGUAUUGAAUUGAAAAAUGCUGCGACAGCUAUGAAGCAAAUAGUGGAAAAUACCUCCGCUCAGUUCUGCGCAAAGCCAGCAAUAUUUUGUGCAAAUUUGGAAAAAUUUAAAAAUCAUUAUGGUGAAAACGAUGACAUAGAUCUUGAUACCACUACUGGGGAAUUGCUUGUUAAAGAUAACUCUACAAAACAAUCGACUAUGGACAGCACAACGCCAAAUGAAAUUAAUAAAUUAGCAACUGAUCGUAAGGAAAAAGAAAGUUUUCCACAAGACGAAGUUGAUUUCAAGACUGUUAACAUUGCAUCUGUACCGUCGCCAAUAGAGAAUUGUUCGGAACCAAUGGAACACUCAACUUUCGAUGAAGCAUUCGAUAUUAAUUGUAAUGAAAAUCUGACCGUUAUUCACCAUUUAGAGACACUAAAGUCGUUUGCUAAAUCUUUGCAAAACGAUUGUGACACUUUUACUUCGUCCACAACAACCAUCGAAAAUAAGCUUCAAAAAUAUUUGCAGGAACAAUUCGAAAUAUUUAAAAGAAUAGUAAAAUCAUCUGCCGCCGUUCGUUAUGAGGAUAAGUCGAUGCAGACAGACAGUAGAUUAUCUAAAAAUAAAUUACGCAAACUAAAUCAAAGCAAUAAGCACAUUUUAUUAGAUCCUACGGAUUCAGACAGUUCAAGUGACACCAGUCAGACGGAAGCUUUUAUAAAAUUACCAGGAAAUAGAAUUCGCUUAAAGGGCUCAACGAAAAAUUCGGAUAUAAAUGCUGCAGCGCAAUUGCUUAGUGCACAUAAAAAAGAAAGCAUUGCUGCGGAAUAUGACGAUGGUGUACCUUUGGCGGAGUAUACGCAAUCUGAAAUAUUCGAAACUGAAACUUUUUGCAGUGAGAAUUUCACUAACAUCCGCAAUGUAAAUAAGAAAAAUAAUUUAAGUGAUAGCGACGAAAGCGAAGAACGGGAUACUUUUCAACGUAAGAAGAGUAGUACGGAUGCUAAUUCUGUGCAAAACGGUGCGCAGAAUGAAAGCGACAAAGAAAAUUCAGCGGGAAAAACUUUGAGUAGUAAGAAUUCUCAAAAUGAAGGCGACAAAGAAAUUGAACGAUUAAUUAAUUUGAAUGGGCUGAUAAAGCGAACAAAUCUUGGAGCACCAAAAUCGGCAGACUUAAAUGAAAAAGUUAAAACAAAAUCUACUACCAGUAAAAACAAAGAUAUAGCUGAUGAUUACAUUGAUGACGAUAUUCAGACAGAAAUAUUUUCCGACGCCAGCAUAACCGAAAGUGAGGAAGAGAUUAUAACGGAAAAACAAUUUUUGAAGCGAUGCAAUGAGAAUGUAAAGCAACAAUUGCUCAGUGAAUCCGAUAGCGAAACGUCCGAAACGGAUGUCAGUGAUAAUAUAGAGGAGAUACUAUCUAGCAAUGAAGGUAGUAGUUCACCUUUAGUUGAGAGAUUUCUGAAGAACUUCAAUGUCAAUGAAAGCGACGAAGAGACGGAAGUAUAUGAUAAAACGGGGGAUUUGAAAAAACCCACAGAACAGGAAAUUACUGAUGCCAAAAACACAAUAGCUGAUAAAAACAAGACGAAUUCAUCGGAAAAUUCUGAUUGCGAAGUACUCGAUGAAAUGGUUGCGUCAACACAAAAACAAAGUAAACCCAAAUCUUUGGAGAAAAUGCUGUCUGUUGUUGAGAAGAGAAAGAAAAUGAAUCGACUUUGUGACUCGAUAAGUCUUAGCUCGGAAAGUGAAUCGUCCGAUGUGGAAGCAGUAGACGAGUCUAAAUCUCGUAUCAAACCAAUGUUACGUCCGGAACAGUUAGCAACGGUAACACGUGAAGCACAACGCAACGAAACAGAACGUAUACGACGUUUGGAGAAAAAACACAAAGUGUUGGCCAAAUUAUUGAAGGAGCGACCCGAUGUGCAAGGCGACAACAAUUUAAUUUUAGAUUACAAUGAUGAAAUGAAAACCUUCAUUAAAGUACAUCCGGAUAUAGUGAAAUAUUUGAAACAACAUCAGCGUGACGGUGUAAAAUUUAUGUACGAUUCCUGUUAUGGUGGCGUUGAGGCACUUAAGAAAAGCUCUGGCUCUGGUUGUAUUUUAGCGCAUUGCAUGGGUUUGGGAAAAACCCUACAGCUAAUUGCAUUACUGCAUACAGUUAUUUCAUAUAAGGAAUUGAAGACAUCUAAAGUACUUGUAUUAUGCCCUAAAAGCACAGUUAUGAAUUGGGCCGAUGAAAUUGAUCGUUGGCUAGGUCCACUAAAGCCGAAAUAUUAUACAUUUCAUGAUACGUCUGACAUCAACGAUAAAAUUCAAAUACUUAAAGAGUGGUCUCAAGCUACUGCAAAUGCUGCUGGUAUAUUGCUAAUUGGCUAUGAGGCUUUCAGAACACUGGUUUUCUAUCAUUCGUAUAAGAAUCGCAGUAUUGCCCAGUCACGCCUCGAAAGCAUUCGCAACGAUGUCGACAAAUAUUUGUUAAGUCCAGGUGCCGAUUUAGUGGUUUGCGAUGAAGGUCACAUUAUUAAAAACAGCAAAUCAGCAAUCAGUUUGGCUGUGUCACAAAUUAAAACUCAGAAGCGAAUCGUUUUAACGGGUACUCCCAUACAGAACAAUUUAAAAGAAUAUUACAGCAUGGUGAAUUUCAUAAAACCGCUAUUUCUGGGUACUGAAAAAGAAUUCGCUAACCUAUACGCUAAUCCAAUUAAAAAUGGCCAGCACAAGGAUUCAAGCAAAAGGGACAUACAAGUAAUGAAACAACGGUCCUUUGUGCUACAUAAGAAACUUUCUAAGUUUGUGCAGAGAAAAGAAGCUGAGCUCUUAAAAACCUUCUUGCCCCAAAAAUACGAAUAUGUGCUGUUUGUACCAAUGACAAAAGUUCAGACGGUGCUUUAUGAACACAGUUUAGCUAUAAUUUCGAAAAAGGAUGAUAGAGGCAAAGGUUUGAUAACAGAUUACACAUGCUUACGAAAGAUUUGGACUCAUCCAAAAGUAUUAGAGGAUGCGUGGAAAAAUGCGACAGCUCAAAAGCAUAAAAAAGAUCCGCGAAAAAAUCAGGCUGUCAACUCAGACGAUGAUCAGCCUGACGACGUCUACGACAGUCAAACUGGUGUUAUAUCUGUGACGAACGAUUGGUGGCGUAGUUUACUUACAGAAAAGGAUUUAGAAGCCAUAUUGCCUAGCAAUAAGCUGCGCACAAUGUUUGAAAUAUUACGUAUGUGCGAAGAGAAGGGCGAGAAAUGUUUGAUAUUCUCCGCUUUUGUAGCAGUAUUAAAUGUUGUGGAAUACUUUUUCAAAAAAAUGAAUGACAAAGAUCCAGAUACCUUAAACGAAUUAAAAAUGUCGCAAGGCUAUCAAGUCAAAAACACAUGGAUACUCGGAAAGGAUUACUAUCGUUUAGAUGGCAAAACGCCGAAGUUGAUACGCCAUGAAAUGAUUGAACAAUUCAAUUCGAUUUCGAAUAAACGAGCGCGCGUUUUCUUGAUAUCAUCGAGGGCGGGCGGCCAGGGCAUUAAUUUAACUGGCGCUAAUAGAGUAAUAAUACUAGAUACAUCAUGGAAUCCUUCGAACGAUCAGCAAAAUAUUUUUCGUGUAUUUCGUUUAGGCCAAAAGAAAAAUUGCUACAUUUACCGGCUAUUAGCGAUGGGUACAAUGGAAGAAAAAGUAUACUCGAGAUCGGUAACAAAGCAAGCCAUGAGUUUUAGAGUUGUGGAUGAACAACAAAUCGAUCGACAUUACAGCAUGGCGGAGUUAACCGAAUUAUACAGUUUAACACAGCCAGAUUAUGAAAAUAGGCCUAUGCCGGACUGCCCGCAAGAUAGCAUCCUAGCUAGUUUGCUGUUAAAUUAUCCUUCGUUGGUGUAUAAGUAUCACGAACAUGAUAGUUUACUCGAAAAUAAAGUGGAACAAGAAUUAAGCGAACAAGAAAAACAAGAUGCUUGGGCCGCAUACGAAAGAGAUCAGCAAUUAAGUACUGAAACUCGCGAAUUGCCAAAUCCGGAUGACCUGCAAAACAAUCUCUCAGCACCAAAGUUUCCUUCGUACAUGGGUUCUUUAAAUGCUUUCAAUCAAAUGUCGGCACUCUUCAAUUACGGUAAUUAUUCGCCUGCGGCACUUUCCUCAUACUUGCCAUAUCUUUCGCAUUUGGGAAAUUACACUACCAAUCAGCAAUAUUUAGAAAUGCGAAAAAGAAUCGCGGAGGGUACAUUUGCCUAUCCCGACAUAAGUACUUCGCUUGGCGGUGCAGCGUUCGGCACGCCAUUCGCACAAAAUCCACCGAAAUCUCUUGGCACGAAUCCGCUUAUACCCGACUUGAAUAUGCACAGCAAUCCAUUGCAAACCAAUCCGCUCAGUGCGCUCGGUGAUUUGAGUAUGUUUGGCUUGGGCGCGGUUGGCAAUCACAUGUCACACAAUGUAAAUACGCCAACAUUGCCGCCUAGGCAACAUAACUCGCCCACUUAUCCAUCAACAACGCCGCCAACAGCGAGUAGCCUACAGGCGAAUUACGACUAUCAAAUGUAUGAAAAUAGUUUGAAAAGCCUAGUCAAUUACAGACAUGAUUUUUCGGGCAAUAGCAAUAAAUCAAAGGGUGCUACGAACGCACCUGUGAACCAGUUUCGUAAUCCGCUGUACCCAUCGCCCACCAAUCUUAGUUUCGACAAAAACGCUUUAACCAGCUUAAAUAGUCCUUCUCCAAAGGCUAUGGAACCGCCGGCACAGAAAUCACAAGCCGAUAAAACAACACUAAAAACAGCAACAGAUUUGUCCAUUGCAGGCAAGAGUAAUUUUUCGGUGACAAACUCGAGUGGUGCUCGUAGCUCACCACUGCCGCAAGUUGCUUCCAAACGUAGUUUUCCCAUCGAUGUGGCGCACACAACGCAUACAACGAACACAAUCGAUGAACGUCUAACACCCAAUCAGAAAUCUGCGAAAGAAACGCAACAGCAACAACAAAGCGGCAUGCCAACUUUGGCAAGCUUUCAAACAUCUUUCAAAACCAGCAACGCGCCCAGUGCACCAAGUAUUUUUACAAAUAAAAAUACAAGCGUUAAAAUGCCAAGCGAUAAUAAUAUGAGCACGAAUCCUGAAAUGCAAAUAAUACCCACGACCAGCCCUCCUGGGUCCACGAGCAUCCCAAAGCAUCUUAGUGAUAUCUCACCAAGCAUUUCAUUAACUGCUGUUACAAAUACUAACACCAGUAGCGCGCACAAGCAGCAGCAUUUCAAUCAAAGUAAGUUGCAAACGAAAAAUCCCACUAACAAUAAAGUGGCGUCAAGUGCAAACAACACAAGUGAAUCGCCCACACCCACACCCACGCUACCCUUUGCGGCGAGUAAAUUUUUUGAAAACAACAAGAAAUCCCUAAAUCGUACCAUAUCGAAGCCCACAAAUGCAAUGACCAAAACGAAGUUAACGCCAAACGCAGAGUCAAUAUUGAAAUCUGCAACCACAUCUACAUCUGCGCAAGGCAGCGCACAAAAUUCCUUUCAGCCGAGCGCGGCCGAACUUGCGUCGAAAUUGUUGACGAUGAAAAACAAGAAUAUACUUCAACGCAAACCGCCAAGUGUGCAGAUCCAACCAAUAAAAUCAUCAACAACAACAACGACACAGAACUCAUUACCGACAACACUUGCCACUGUCAAAGCUCUUAAUGGCAAUCUACAAACGCCUCCAAUUAAAACUGGCGUACAAACGUUGCAGAGUGAUGCCCUCAAAGCAGCACUCGCUAUGGACAAGCGUUUGCCUACACAAAUUACACCAGCAAAAUCUGCUACAAGCGUUCAAGUGCAUAAAGCGCCCUUAGGUGCGGGUGCACUUAAAAUACAGCCCAGUUCUUCGAAGCAAUCAUCCUCGUCGUCGUCGCCCAGUGACAACAAGUACAUUCUGGAGACUUGUAUUAAUCAGAAAAAGUUUGUGAUUGGUGCUCCAACUAAAGGCGGCGGCGGAACGACUGUUACCAGAGUGCAACAACAAGGAAAACGAAAAAUGCCAGAAAUUAUGUCCAAAGAAAUGGGCUCGAAUGAAUCGAAACGCUCAAAAUAAAGAAGUUUGCAAUAUAUGUGUGAAUUUUAUAGGCUUAGUUUUUUAUUACAUAAUAAGUAUUUAUUUGAUUAGCUUAAAUAUUGAAGUUAUGAAUUUAAAUAAAUGUUUUUUAUCACAAAAAGGAAUAUAACGGUUAAGUUAAUAUAUACUAACAUAAUC